AUGCAGGCGCAUACUCUCUUAAAGGGGUUGGAGAAAAUAGCUGCAAGUGCAGACAUUCCAAUGUUGCUGUGUGCGGAUUUUAAUUCAGUUCCUGGAAGUGCUCCCCAUUCGCUUCUUGCUAUGGGAAAGGUAAAUCCAGUGCAUCCAGAUUUAGUGGUUGAUCCUCUUGCAAUUUUGCGUUCUCACAUCAAGUUGACUCAUCAAUUGCCACUGGUUAGUGCUUACUCGGCCUUUCUAAGAGGAGUUGGUCUUGGUUUGGAACAACAGAGAAGAAGGAUGGACCCAACAACUAAUGAACCUUUAUUUACAAAUUUCACAAGAGAUUUUAUUGGCACCCUAGAUUACAUAUUUUACACUGCGGACUCUCUAACAGUGGAGUCAUUAUUGGAACUCUUGGAUGAGGAUAGCUUAAGAAAAGACACAGCCCUUCUCCAGAGUGGUCCUCUGAUCAUAUAGCUUUGUUAGCCGAGUUUCGGUGUGUGCCC